AUGAGAAUAAGCCCGUUCAAGAGAGCUAUAUUCAAAAUGUCGUUACCUGAGAAACGAGCUCAUUCGGUCUCGGCAUCCCCCUCGCCAUCUGCAUCACCUGGAUUUCCUGUUAGGAAUAGACCAGUUCGUGGUGCCAAAAAGCUCAGAGAUGAGCUGGGAUUUAGGCUUAAACAACAAUCUGUCGACAAAGACUCUGUUAAAUCAACCGGAGACCAACUGAAAUCAAUUCACGAGGAAGAGACUGAAGGUGCUCUGUACAUUAUUGAGGGUCCUUUGAGGAGGGUGACACCGUAUUACUUCACUUACCUUACGUACUGUAAGCUCCGAUGGAGGGACCGCAAGUUGGUUGACAUCUUUAUCGAAGAAUUUCGCGAUAAAAAUCCAGAAUUUUAUCGCAAAACAAUAGCUGCGGGUAAGGUGCUCCUCAACAAGAAACCUUCAAGUAUCGACACUGUAGUGAAAAAUGGUGAUCUCAUUAGCCAUCGCUGUCAUCGGCACGAGCCUCCAGUAUCAUCACGACCCAUAAAGAUCGUGUACGAAGAUAAUGAUGUGAUUGCAAUUGACAAGCCAUCAGGAAUUCCGGUCCAUCCAACCGGUCGAGUCAGAUACAACACCGUGACAAAGAUUCUUCAACAUGAGCUCGGUUAUACUGUUCAUCCUUGCAAUCGUCUUGAUAAGCUCACGCUGGGUUUAAUGUUCCUAGGGAAAAAUCCUAAAGGCGCAGAAUUUUUCGUGAAACAGAUCCGCGAAAGAACAGUACGUAAGGAAUACAUUGCAAGAGUGAAAGGAAAGUUUCCGCUCGGCAAUAUCAAAGCAGACCAACCGUUAUUUACAAGAUCACCAAAGCAUGCCCUUAACAUUGUUGAUUUCGAUAAUGGAAAACCAGCUGAAACUGAAUUCAAACGUAUAUCAUAUGACGUCACCACAAACACUUCUGUGGUGAAGUGUCAUCCAUUGACUGGAAGAACUCAUCAAAUUCGUGUUCAUUUGCAAUAUCUUGGGCAUCCAAUUGCCAAUGAUCCUAUUUACCUGAGUCUGUAUAUCUGGGGGGAGGAUCUAGGGAAAGGUGCCAAGGGAGUUGACCAAGGUCUAAUUGACAGAAUGGACACGAUCGGAAAGACAAGAGCUACCUCAUCGUGGAUCAAUCCGAUAGAAAAUGGUGAAGUUUUGAAAGACGAAAGCUGCGAGGAAUGUGAAACUCCCUUUUACUCUGACCCAGGUCCGAACGACUUGGAUCUAUGGUUGCAUGCUUACAAAUAUGAGGCAGCUGAUUCCCUGUGGUCAUACGAGACUGAUUAUCCCGAAUGGGCAAUCGAACCACAUCACAAGUACAUGAAGCUUGCCAUUGAGCAAGCUCGCAAAUGUGGUGAAACACAAACACAAUUUAAUGUGGGUGCUGUCUUGGUGCAUGAUGAUGAAAUAUUAGCGACAGGCCAUUCCCGCGAACUUCCAGGAAACACGCACGCAGAGCAAUGUGCUUUGGAAAAGUACUUCGAAGAAACUGGGAAGACAGAUGUACCUGAAGGCACUGUUUUAUACACCACAAUGGAGCCUUGCUCAUAUCGUUUGAGCGGCAAUUUGCCAUGCGUGGAUCGAAUUCUCAAAAGUAAUAUCAAAGUGUGCUUUGUUGGCAUUCUAGAGCCCGACACUUUCGUCAAGAAUAACACUGGCCGCAAACAAUUGAAAGAUGCUGGAGUGGAAUACAUUCACAUCAAAGGAUUUGAAGAGGAGUGCACAUCCAUAGCUACCUUUGGACACGAUAAUGAAAAAAAUGGGUAG